AUGCGAAGAAACGAGCCGAAUCGAUGCGAGCUCGUGACGGCGCCUCCUACUCGACGACGUCGUCACUCCUCGAUCACUCUGCCCUCCUCAUACGGGAUGUGGCGCGCCGUCGCCUUGCUUGCCUUUUUAGGCGUCACACAAGCUACCGUCUUCACAGGUAUUUACAGUUUACCUUUUCGAAAAGAUGAUGAAAUAUGUCUUUGAAAAGUUCUAAGAAAGAGAGUUACAGAAAAACUGAGAAGAAAGACUUACGGUACUCGAGAUUUUCAUUAAGAUUUUUGUUCUUCAAGACUACUUGACAAAGUUUGGAUGUUCUAUCUAAAAAAAUCGAAGAAUAAUGGUUUUUUCAUGAUUUCUCGCCAAGUCGUUUCAUAUUUUUGACAAGUUUGUUUUUUGAGAAGUGUGAUUUUUAAGUGAGGUUUAAAAAUGUGACAAAGAUAAGAAAAAAAUAAUUUUUCAUUAUAUCCGGUUUUUCCUCUUCCUUUUGUUCUGUUUUUCAUCCUGCAAGCUGUUCCAUAAUUGAGCUUUUAAAUUUGAAACGAUCUCCGAUAGAUUUGAUGAACUUGAAUCAAAUUCGUAUAUAGACUUUGAAAUUCUUUGAAUAUUCAAUUUUAAGCCGCUAUUCUGUUAUUGAGACCUUUUUUUUGAAUAAUGUUUUCCGAUUCCAAACUUCUGAUGUAGCAAUUAAGAAAAUAUGAACUCAAAAAACACAAAAAUUUUCACCCCUCCAAACAAAGAAAUUCCAACUUUUCUCAAAUGUUGUUCUUCACAAUUUUUUUCUCCUCAAAAAAUACUUGCCAGUACGCGUCUUUUGAAAUGUCUCCCCAGAGACUUCUGAUCAUACUACAUACAGGACACUUCUCACUUUUUUCCCUGACAAGAUGAUCGGCUAAAUCAAAGAUUUUGGCAUUUUCCCUAUAAUCUUUCCUUCAACUUUAGGGAAAGUCGAGCUUGGAACGAUUAUCUAGUCGGGUAUUAACGGCUUACAAAUUGUUACAUUUACAUGUGUGGUUAUUCACGUUGGUUGAAUUUUGAAGCCUUUUACGGCUAAUAACUCUGAAUUUUGAGUUGAUAAGGGUGAUUUUAUUUCAUAACUGCGUCAUAGGUGGUCAUUAAAUAAUGCUAUAAAACGUCACAUGAAGUGUUUGGAUCUUCGAUUUUUCUUUUCACAAACUUCCAGGAGAUUAGCAAAGUGACUUGGAGCAUUAACAAUACAAUGAUCUUACAAACCUCAUUCAUACAUGAACACCAAGAAUGUUCAUUUUGUGUCUUUCAAGAGCCCAUUCUCCCUCUCUCUUUCCAUCCUUUUUUCAAAUUGCUUUUUUGCUCUGCCGGAUUUUGCUUUGAGGAUACAUUUGUUUGUUAUUCCUGGCACCAUCCGUUUCAAAUAAAUAGUUGUUGAUGUUAGUAGUGAAAAGAUACGGAAAGUGGAAAAAAUGAGAUUUUUGUUUUUUCAGAAAGUGGGUCGGUUCAUCAUGGACUACGAGACACACAGUACGAACUCUCUCAGGAAAAAUUCCAGAAGGCUUAUGAUGAAGAACUGAAGGUGAAUAAAAUAGAAUCUUUUGAAGUUCGACUUUAAAAAGAAAAACCAAAAAGGAUAUGAAAAACUCCGUUUUGCACCUGUUGUGUAACCAUGAAAAAUUGCUGUAUGUGAAGUGAAUAUGGUAGUUCAAAACGUUCAGUGCGUUCUCAAGCUUAUAACGCUAUGCAGAGAUUUAUUCCCAGCUUUCAUUGAAUAUUAGUUCUUAGAAAAUGAACGUGUUUGUGUGCAUUUCCUGAAAUUGUAAACCAAAUAACAAGUUUUCUGGAUUAUCUUUCCGCGGCUAACACGCACCAUAACUUCUGCAAUGAGUCAGAUGAUGAGAAAAGAGAGACUAAAUCAAUUGGGCUUGAAAAACAAUAGUGUGUCAGUUUCCUCUUUUCCUAGAUGGAAAUCGAGAGAAAUUGAAGGCAGCAUUUCUUGGAAAAAAGGUCAAUCAAUUCAGGUAAUGUUGCGCAAACUGCACGAGGCGGAAGAGCUGCAGCGGCAACAAGAAAACAGCGAGGACUACAUGAGCAACAUCCUGGAGGAGCUCACCAAGAAGAACCCUCAGCCCCAACAGGAACAGCCUCAGCCGCAGAAGCAGCAAGAAGAAGAGCCACAGUAUCCCGAGUUCUACAAGGAGCUCGGAAUGUUCCAAGACGACGAGAAGCCGGAAGAGAAGGCGAAAGUUGUCGAGAAGGCGCCCGCACAGGGAAAAGUCCCUGAUGAACGCGCCGCCAAGGAACUCGAGGAAGAACUCCGAAAAGGUGAAUGACGUCUUAAAUUGAGUUUAGAGAGUCCGAUGUUUGAAAAACUAAAGUUUUUGAGUUUCAACAGGAAACAUUUGAAUGAGGAGAGCUACUUGCAAUUUCUAAUAACUUAUUUAAAAUCACAGCAGUAGCCUAACAAAAACAAUGGAGGUUGCGUAUACAAAACUCCGAAAACUUCAAAAUAUUACCAUCAAGAACUUCUUUUCCUGACUUGAAUAAUCUGUUAGAAAUUGAUAUUUUUUGAGAAUCGGCCAACACACCAUUCGAGAAGAUAGUUGGAAUUUCUGAGUUCCUUGUUUGUGAAAAAUAAUGUUUUUCGGACUGGAAUAUUCCAUUAAGCUUUGAUAUUUUUUUCUGGAGAACUGAUGAGUUCACAACUUUCAGAACUAGUUUUUAUUGUUUCAAAGAGAAAAAAACUUGAAGACUUGUUCUUGUUGAAAAUCUUUCCAUUUAUUCACAAAUGUACAACUUCACUUUUUUUUUACACUCUCGCGAGAAGGCUUAAAAAGUGUCCGAUUUAUCUUCGCAUAAUUCUUAUAUUCAUGUUUCAUGUUGGAUAUCCAUCAACAUGAUACAUGCCACAAAAAAUGUGCAGUAAUGAAUAAUUGAGAAGCUCCCACGAGCAUCUUCUGUAACGGAAAUUCGUCAUUUUUUGCCUUUUGCACUUUAGUUUGACUCAUCCGCACAAUUUCCCACAAGAUCGUCUGCCUUGAGGGGAAUUCCCAUGAAUUUCAAACAAACUAUAGAUGUUGAAAAUGGGUUUCUAAUCUGUCAAGAAAUCCAGAAGAAGAUAUAUCCUGGGGUGCAGAUUCGGUCUGACGGUCGUAAAGAAUCAAUCUUUUAAAAUUUACAAGGCACAAUUCGAGCUGUUGUUGCUCAAUUUGCUACAAGGAUUCGAAUGUCUGAGCGCUGAGCUCCUCAGAGGCACUCCGCCUACAUUUUCUCCGUCUCUUCCUCAUAAUUGAGUUCAUUUCACGACGGCACGUCUUGCAGAAGUGUCAAUAUAAUCUCAUUUUUCCGAGACCCUCGCCAAAAACGGAAAAGGCAUCACAGCUCCCAUCCGCUCCGCAGCCGAAUUCAUUAAUUUAUGAGCAAGAUAUUCAAAAGAGAGGCGAAGCAUACUAACAAAAAACUCAAUUACUCUGAUGGAUAUGCGGAAGUAGUUUCCGAGUUUGAUUUCUUGGUUCAUUGAAGUCUCUGUGAGCAAAUAAAGAAGAAAAUUAGGAUUGGUAUAAAGUUUCCUGUAAUUUGAGAAGGAAAUUAGUAUACUAGUAGUUUUUUGAAUGUUUUAAAAAAAUCUUCAGCUAUUUUUCUACGGACUUGGACUGGGCUAAACUCGUUUAUGGUCUUGCGCAAUAUUGUCAAAAAAAAAGCAGAAAAACGUUGAAACUGUUCAAAAUUCAUAGGAUUGUUAUGACAAGAAGAGAAACGGAACGCGGGGAUAAUAUAAUGAAGUUGAAAUUUUCAGCCGAGGAAGAGCUCGACAUGGAGCUUGCCAAAGAGGCCAAGAAAGAGCUGAAGAAGGCUCAGGAAGAAGCCGAAAAGCCGGCUCCGCCGCCUCAGGUGCCCCAAAAAAAAGGCCAAAGCGAGUUCGUCUCGUUUGUCGAGCCGGUGGAAGCCCUGAAACAAACAAAGUUGGUUUCUUUAGAUGGUUAGCCUGGUGAUUCGAGAUUUCUAGGUCAAUUGGAAGCCUUGACAAACGUCGUCUUUCUACUUCGGCUGAGCACGGAACCAACAUGCCAGGCUACACUUCCAACAGUCUCUUGCUCAUCGGUUAGUUUGGGGAAAAAAAUAAUUGAAAUGGAGUUUUCUGGUGAAUGAAAAACAGAUAGGAGGGGCUUCUAACUUUCUACCCACUUUUUUUCAAAGAAAAGACGCCUUAAUUUCUUAGUUUCAUGUCAGAAAAUCGCACAAGUUAACGCUUCAAAGUUUUUAUUCAGUGCUCAAAAUAGUAUUCCAAAAUUAUCAAAAUAAGGAGAAGCAAAAAGCAUCUUCGAAAGUCUGUAAAAAUAUAACCACCUAACCAAUAUAUCAAGCCAUUCGAAUAAAUUUUUUCAGCGGUCGGAACCGUGAUGGCGGUCGGUCUCGUGGGCACUGUGGUCGGUGGAGGCUACUACCUCAAGUAAGUUUGAUUUGAAUGAAGUUGAAAAUUUCAUAUUAUUCCAGGCGCCGUACGGAAACCCCCGACGACGGCGAAUAUGCUCCAUAUGCCGGUACAGGCCCUGGAUUCAAAAAGAACAAGGUUUGAAGUUCUGAAAUCGGAGUGUUUCUUGUUCACUAAAAGUGUGACGAAUGGGUUGCAGUCGUCCGUUGGAUCAUUCUUUAUCUUGAUCCAAUCUCUAGAUGAACUGACUUUUCAAAAAUUAUGUCUCGAAUUAAAAAAACAACGGUGAAAACGUAAGAAGAUAUUUUUCAGGGAAACAAGGGAGAUGAGACACUCGCCUACAAAGCCCAACUUCACCAGUACCAACAAGCCAAGCAGAAGAUCAUCUGCGGAGAAGAUGCUCCAGGUAAAUUCUACACAAAGCCAUUCAAAACUUCAAGUUUGGAAAAAACCACACUUUGAAAGACAAUUUGAGAGCUUUUCGAAUUUUGGUCAAUUUCCUGUUUUCCAGAAUAGGCUAUAAUUAGCCUUAUCUCAAAAAACCUAGAUCUAAUUGCGUGAUUUUCCUUUCUUCUUGCCCAGUCCAUCUAAUAGAGCCUUGAAGAGCCCUACUUUGGCUUCUGACCUAAACGAAACUCGAUGAGAAAAAUUGAAAAAACAGUUUACUUUCAGGAGUCAUCGAGUCGGAGAACGAAGACGACGGAAAUGACGAGGAGAACAACUUCAGCGUCUACGAAUGCCCUGGCCUCGCUCCGACCGGCGACAUCGAAGUGUGCAACCCCAACUUUGCGGCCCAUCCUUGA